CUCUUGUCAACACUAUGAUAUUUACAGAGGAUAAUUAAGGGAAACAAUACUCCAUAUUUCUUCAUCCUCUUGAGUACCCACGUGCAAAGUGCCACGCUUGGACAGGAGCUUUAAUUAGGUGCACACUUAGUGGUCAGCCUUCAGUAUGCCUGUUUUUCAGGCAAAAACAUUCCGGCGUGCGACAACAGCCUCAUCGUCGCUGGGAGAACGGAUCGGCGCAGCAUAUAGAGGAAGCCUACCGAAGCAUCCUUUUCUGCUCUUUGGUCUUCCAUUCAUCAUGAUCAUUGUUGCGGGGUCUUUCGCCUUGACUCCAGCCGCCGCGUUAAGAUAUGAAAGAUAUGACCGAAAAGUGAAGCAACUCACACAAGAGGAAGCUAUGGAGCUGGGGCUCAAAGGGGCAGAUGGUGAAGAGGGGAUCAGGAGAAAUCCACGCAGAAGAGUUCUCGGAGAUGAGAGGGAGGAAUAUUAUCGGCUCAUGGCCAAAGACCUGGAUAAUUGGGAACAAAAACGAGUCCAAAGGUUUAAGGGGGAACCCGAUGGGAAACUUUAAGCUUCUUAAUAGCUGAACAACGCCCUUCGAAGACAGGCGCUACUCGUGCUGGUUUUCAGCAGGAUAUUUUUGACUACCAGGCUUAUGUUGGCUGUGGCAGUCACAAGUGAACCACAUUUGAUGAUGACAUGAAUUAAAACCUAAUUUUCAUCCUGGUGAGAGGCAUCCUAUCUUUUCUAACUCUCGCAUGUCUGAUAUGUCUAGAAACUAACCCAAUCCAUUAAAGUAUAUCUCUCUAUUCGUUCAUCUUAGAACUCAAGCUAAGCAAGCUAAAUCGCCUUAUUUGCCAUGGUAUCCUUAGACCUCCAUUUCGCGCCUAGUCUCUUUGAAUCAUGUAUAAAUUGCCAUAUCACAAAGUGCUCAUUAUGAUAUUCUACCAUUCUACUAAACUAAAUAGAGG